AUGCUUUUCAGGAAGAAUCCCAGAGUGUCGGAAUCUCUGUUUAUAAACAACGCAAGCAGUAUUACCGAAUCCAACUUCAAUCCCGGCGUACCAACAGUGGUUAUUGUUCACGGGUGGCUUGGCAAUCAAUACUCGGGCAUAAACCCCACAAUCAGAGAUGCCUAUCUUCGUAAAAACGAUGUGAACGUAAUAGUCUUGGACUGGUCACUAUUGGCUAUGUUAAAUUAUCCAAUCGCUGUAGCUGGAGUGCCAGGUGUAGGCCUGGGUUUGGGAAGGUUCCUUAGCUUUCUGAAUGAAGUCACUGGAGCUUCAUUUAACAGGAUGCAUUUAAUUGGAUUUAGUUUAGGUGCUCAUAUAGUUGGAAACGCUGGGCGAGAGCUAGGAGGAAGGAUUGCACGGGUUACAGGAUUGGAUCCCGCUGGACCACUUUGGACUGAAAACAAAAAUCGAUUCCGAUCAACUGACGGUAUUUAUACUGAAGCUAUACAUACUAACGGCGCCCCUGGAGGUUUUGGAAUCGAAUUUGCAGUUGCUGAUGUAGACUUUUUUGUCAAUGGCGGCAAGUUACAGCCUGGUUGCUUUGAUAAUCUUUGCAAUCAUAACCGUGCUUGGGAAGUUUAUGCUGCAACAGUGACUUAUGACCAUCUUGUUGGUAGAAAAUGUGCUAACAUCCUCCAAAUUACAUACAACACUUGCCGUGGAAGUUCCCUAAGCGUGGGCAAUGACAGUCUUAACAAGACAGGGUAA